UAUAAACGACAAAGCAUCACAACGCUUUUCACUAGUUACUACGUCGACCCUUAGCCGUCGGGUAAAGUAACGUUAUUUUAUUUUGCAGAAAAAGUCAAAGAAACGGUCGUUUCUUUUUUUAUAUUAUUACUUUAAGCAAUAUAAACCCCCGGAAACAUGCGUGAGUGCAUCUCCAUCCACGUUGGCCAGGCUGGUGUCCAGAUUGGCAAUGCCUGCUGGGAGCUCUACUGCCUUGAACAUGGGAUCCAGCCGGAUGGGCAGAUGCCCAGCGACAAGACCAUCGGAGGAGGGGAUGACUCCUUCAACACCUUCUUCAGUGAGACGGGAGCUGGGAAGCAUGUGCCCAGGGCGGUCUUUGUGGAUCUGGAGCCCACGGUUAUUGAUGAGGUACGUACUGGGACCUACCGGCAGCUGUUCCACCCUGAGCAGCUCAUCACUGGCAAAGAAGAUGCUGCCAACAACUACGCCCGUGGGCAUUAUACCAUCGGCAAAGAGAUCAUCGACCUGGUUUUGGACAGGAUCCGCAAACUGGCUGACCAGUGCACAGGUCUCCAAGGAUUUCUGGUGUUCCACAGCUUUGGAGGUGGUACCGGUUCUGGUUUUACCUCCUUGCUGAUGGAACGCCUGUCUGUUGACUACGGCAAGAAGUCCAAACUGGAAUUCUCCAUCUACCCUGCCCCUCAAGUGUCCACGGCUGUAGUGGAGCCCUACAAUGCCAUUCUAACCACCCACACCACCCUAGAGCACUCUGACUGUGCCUUCAUGGUUGAUAACGAGGCCAUUUAUGACAUCUGUCGAAGGAAUCUCGACAUCGAGCGUCCAACCUACACCAACCUCAACAGGUUGAUUAGCCAGAUUGUGUCCUCCAUCACUGCUUCCCUGCGAUUUGAUGGUGCCCUCAAUGUUGAUUUGACAGAAUUCCAGACCAACUUGGUGCCCUACCCUCGUAUCCACUUCCCUCUAGCUACUUAUGCUCCAGUUAUCUCUGCGGAGAAGGCAUACCAUGAGCAGCUAACUGUAACCGAGAUCACAAAUGCCUGCUUUGAGCCAGCCAAUCAGAUGGUCAAAUGUGACCCUCGCCACGGCAAGUACAUGGCCUGUUGCUUGUUGUACCGUGGUGACGUGGUACCCAAAGAUGUCAAUGCAGCCAUUGCCACCAUCAAGACCAAGCGCACCAUCCAGUUUGUUGACUGGUGCCCCACUGGUUUCAAGGUUGGCAUCAAUUAUCAGCCUCCUACUGUGGUUCCAGGUGGAGAUCUGGCCAAGGUUCAGAGGGCUGUAUGCAUGCUGAGCAACACCACUGCUAUUGCAGAGGCCUGGGCUCGCCUAGAUCACAAGUUUGAUCUGAUGUAUGCCAAGCGAGCCUUUGUGCACUGGUAUGUGGGAGAGGGUAUGGAGGAAGGAGAGUUCUCUGAAGCUAGGGAGGAUAUGGCAGCCCUAGAGAAGGAUUAUGAGGAAGUGGGUGUUGAUUCAAUUGAGGGUGAAGGUGAGGAGGAAGGAGAGGAGUACUAAGGGUGACUGGCUUUCUGCUUUAGUACAUCUCAAGCAUGCUUGUUAUUGGUCAGAAGUUUACAUACCUUGGCAUUUCUUAUUAGUUUAGAGUAUUACUACCAAGUACUAUCACACGAGUAUUUGUUGACUUGUGACACCUAAAUUGUAAACAAAAUACUGUGCUUGUGUCUGGUGUUGUAAUCUCCAAUAAUAGCCAACCAUUCUGAUACUUAAAUCUGGUACUUAUUUCAUGUGUUAUUUUUGUAGUUUUCUUUUGACUGAUAUGCAAUAAAUUAUUAAAUUGAA